AGAAUUUUUCCGUCUGCUGGGUCACUGCCCCAUGGCCACCAGGGCUGGGCCAGUCCUCACCCGGGUCUCCCACGUGGGUGGCAGGGACCUCCGCUUUUCCCAGGCCGUUAGCAGGGAGCCGGAUGGGAAGUGGAGCAGCCGGGACUCCAAGCGGCACCCGUACGGGAUGCUGGCAUGGGAGGCAGUGGCUUUACCUGCUCUGCCGCAGUGCCUGGCUCUGGAACGAAGUGUAAGGGAGAGAGUACACCUGACGGCCGAGGUGGGCACCUCAGUAGGGGCCCGAGAGCCUCAGCUCACAUUUGUGAACUCGUGAGCCGCUGUUCACUGCAGGGAGGAAGGGAUCUUGACAGCACUGCCAACAUGUCUGACGGUGAAGAAGCCACUAACCACCUCCUGGACAUGAACCUUCACGAGAGCCAGGGGUCUGUACAGGCCACAGAGGGUGGCCUCCAAAGUGAGUCUGAACAUCUGCACGUCACAAUUGGAGCCACAGUUCCCACUGGCUUUGAGCAGACUGCGGCGGAUGAAGUGAGAGAGAAACUGGGCUCAGCAUGCAGAAUCAGCAAAGACCGUGGCAAGAUAUAUUUCGACAUUUCCGUGGAAAGUCUGGCUCAGGUUCAUUCCCUGAGAUCGGUCGAUAACUUAUUUGUGGUGGUCCAGGAGUUCAAGGAUUACCAGUUCAAAAGCACAAAGGAAGAAGUUCUAAAGGACUUUGAAGACUUGGCUGGGAAACUGUCAUGGUCAGACCCUUUAAAAGUGUGGGAAAUGAAUAGCAGUUUCAAGAAGAAAAAAACAAAACGCAAAAAGACAAAUCAGAAUUCAAAUAAAGGGAAGACUGAUAAUGGACAAGGAGACAAAAAAGAUGAGAGAGAUGUUAAGAAAGAGUUGACUAGCAGUGCUUCAGAGACACAAAUCUUAGACUAUUAUGAAAACCCAGCCAUCAAAGAGGAGAUCUCCACGUUGGUCGGAGAUGAUUUGGCUUCUAGCAAAGAUGAGACUGAUGAAAGGUCGAAAGAAGAAACGGAUGCAUCAGUGCUGCGGUUCAGAGUCACCUGCAACAGGGCGGGAGAGAAGCACUGCUUUACCUCCAAUGAGGCUGCGAGGGAUUUUGGAGGUGCUGUUCAAGAAUACUUUAAGUGGAAGGCUGACAUGACCAGCUUUGAUGUGGAGGUUCUCUUGAACAUCCAUGACAAUGAGGUCCUUGUGGGCAUUGCUCUGACAGAAGAGAGUCUCCACCGAAGAAACAUAACACAUUUUGGACCUACAACUCUCAGGUCAACUCUUGCCUACGGGAUGCUCAGGCUAUGUGCUCCUCAACCUACUGAUAUAAUUAUCGAUCCAAUGUGUGGAACAGGAGCAAUACCAAUAGAGGGGGCUACCGAGUGGUCCAACUGUUACCAUAUUGCGGGUGACAAUAAUGCCCUGGCUGUGAAUAGAGCGGCAAAUAACAUCUCAUCUUUACUGACCAAGAGCCAAAUUAAAGAAGGCAGCCCCUCCUGGGGCUUGCCCAUCGACACUGUUCAGUGGGACAUCUGCCAUCUGCCCCUGCGAACUGGCUCUGUGGAUAUUAUUGUAACAGAUAUGCCAUUUGGAAAGAGGAUGGGCUCUAAGAAGAGAAACUGGAACCUUUAUCCAGCUUGCCUACGGGAGAUGAGCCGUGUUUGUAGACCUGGGACAGGCCGAGCUGUACUACUUACUCAGGACAAAAAAUGUUUUACCAAGGCGUUAUCUGGAAUGGGACAUGUAUGGCGAAAAGUACAUACAGUCUGGGUGAACAUUGGCGGUCUUCAUGCUGCAGUUUAUCUUCUGAAACGCACACCUCAAGCGUUUGUUCAUCCUUCAGAGCAAGAUGGAGAGAGAGAAACCCCUUGGUAGUGUGGAGUGAAGGUGCUGCACAGCAUUUGUACUUGCCAACACUGGAAAUGUCAACUUGAAGAACUUGCUUUGAGAAGACAAUGAGAUUAAGAAAAGUCUACACUUUAAACUUGUGAGGGAGCAGAGCUUUCCCUUGGAGCUCUUUUGAAGGGGUAGCUGGGCGAUUAGUAUUUUUCUUAAAAUGCUUUAAAGCUGUUUAGUGAAGACCCUCAUAAAAUUGUCCUGGAA